AACAAACAGAUUAUGACAUUUUUGUAAAUUGUUUCACCGUGGGGAAUCCCCCGGGAAAUAAUUCUAGUUAACAGAAAAGAUGGACGGUGUUAAUGCAUUUUGAGUUUCUUGUGAUUAAUAUUAAUUUAAACUUGCAUGGCUUUAUGUAGCUGUUUAUAAGAACAGAUUACACGUAUAUUUGUACAAAAUUAAGAGUAUACAGAAAUAGUUAUAUACACAAGCAAGUUUGUUUUUGUUUUGCUUUUCUGUAAUAUUUUUUAAUAUAUGUUUUAAUAUUAAUUUUUAAAUUGUAGAAUGUGUAAUGAAAUCGGAACUGUCAAAUAGUGAAGCAAUAUUCUUCAGCUAAAAUGAAAUGGAAGAGGAGAAAUUGAGUGAAUAUCGAAUCCUGCUUGCAAAUGUAAGCGAGAGAGUAAAAAAUUUAAAGGAAUUAAAAUUUCAAUGUUCGGACUGGAUAGGAAGGGGGAAAAUGGAAAAACUUUUAACACCUUUAGACCUGCUUGUCGUGCUAGAAGAAAGAGAUAAAAUAUCUAAAGAAGAUGUUUCGUUUCUUGUUCAAAUCCUUAGCAACACAAGGAGAAAUGAUUUGGCGAAGUUGGCCCAGAAUUUUCAAAGCAAAUGGAAUCAACCGAGGUCCUGGUCAAGUUAUGACACCUACAAUGAAAAGUCUUACAGUUAUUCCAAAACAAGUGAACAAUCUCCACCACCGAGCUCAACUAGACAACAGUUGGCAACUCGAAACAAAAAAGCAAAUAUACCCGAAUUCUGUGUAUGUCAUUCAAUUGAACCAAUGGAGGAUUUUUCACAAAUGUAUAAAGCAUUGCCAUUUCAAGCAGGAGACACACCAGCAGUACACAACCUUCAACAAGAGGCAGCCUACCUUACAGGCCUGAACCAUCUUACCCCAAGACUACAAUCAAUUAUUGCAUCUGUUGGUGAAAAUCUAACUACAGAAUGGAAAAUGACAAUGAGACAUCUGGAUGUACCAGAACAUGUGUUGCAAUCGGCGUAUCUUAAUUGGCCAAACAACCUGCAGAGAGCAAUUCAAGAGGCAUUACUAUACUGGGCACGAAACAUGAAUCCUUCGCCAGAGUACUUGAUCACUGCUUUAAGAAGAUCUUAUCGUAACGACCUAGCUGACCAAAUUGAGGAAAAAAACUGAUA